CUGUCCCGCGGCUGCGCCUGCCGGGACACCGGGAGACAAAGCGCCGCCUUCGUCGCUGCGACUGAGCGAGUCCCGAGCCAUGGCCGGGCCGUCACCCGGCCCCGCGCCUCCCAUCCCACCGCCGCCGUAGGCCUGGGCAGCGAGAUGCAGAAACAGAGACCCAGAGAGGCUGACAGCUUGUUUGGGGUCACCCAGCCCAGAUAACUGCCAAUCCGACAUUUGAAUCCAGAGAAGAGUGAGCCAAGACUGGAGUGGGGCAGAGGGCUGGGAGGGAUGCGGAGUGCUGCAGCGGCCGAGGGCGGCUGUGAGGUCUCCCUGCGUCGGCGGCCCCUUGCAUAGCGGCCCUUGCUGUCCGGGCCCGGGCGCCUCGCCAUGAAGCUGAAUGAGCGCAGCCUGGCCUUCUACGCCACCUGCGACGCCCCGGUGGACAAUGCGGGCUUCCUGUACAAGAAGGGCGGGCGGCACGCGGCCUACCACCGCCGCUGGUUCGUGCUGCGCGGCAACAUGCUCUUCUACUUCGAGGACGCGGCCAGCCGCGAGCCGGUGGGCGUCAUCAUCCUGGAAGGCUGCACCGUGGAGCUGGUGGAGGCGGCCGAGGAGUUCGCCUUCGCCGUGCGCUUCGCCGGAGCCCGGGCCCGCACCUACGUGCUGGCGGCCGAGAGCCAGGCGGCCAUGGAGGGCUGGGUGAAGGCCCUGUCGCGGGCCAGCUUCGACUACCUGCGGCUGGUGGUGCGCGAGCUGGAGCAGCAGCUGGCGGCCAUGCGGGCGGGGGGCUGCCCGCCCCUGCCCCUGCCCCGCCGGCCCAGCGCCCUCCCGCCCAAGGAGAACGGCUGCGCCGUCUGGAGCGCCGAGCCCCCCGCCGCCCCCACCGCCGGCUCCCAGCCUGGCCCUGAGCCACCGCCCCGUCGCCGGGCCUCGGCGCCCCACGGGCCUCUGGACGCGGCCCCCUUCGCUCGGCUGCACGAGUGCUACGGCCAGGAGAUCAGGGCGCUGAGGGAACAGUGGCGCAGCAGCCCAGCCCAGCCCUGAGGUCACAAGGGGUCCUGUUCUGGCCGGUCGCAUGACCCAGGACUUGAAGACACUGGGGUCUGGGCCUCAGGGACAUUGUGGUCAAGGCCAGCCCUGUGAUCUCUGAGUGGCUUGAUUUGGGGGACUCAGCUCUCAGAAGUUGCUGGAUUCUUUUUUUUUUUUUUUUUUUUUUUGUCUUUUUUGUGACUAGCACUCAGCCAGUGAGUGCACCGGCCAUUCCUAUAUAGGAUCCGAACCCGCGGCGGGAGCGUCGCUGCGCUCCCAGCGCUGCAC